AUGGCGGAUGCCUCCAACACAGUCACCCAACCCGGCAUCGCUGCACUUCCACCCCCAACAAUAAGACAGCUGGGCUCCGGCCAAGUCAUCGUUGAUCCCAGCUCAGUCGUGAAAGAGCUCAUCGACAAUGCUCUCGAUGCCCGUGCAAAAAGCAUCUUCGUCGAUAUCUCCGCCAACACGAUCGAUUCCAUCCAAGUCAAAGACGACGGCCAUGGCAUCCCGAGUGAAGACCGAUCUCUCGUAUGUCGCCGUUACUGCACGAGCAAAAUCAGAGAUUUGAAGGAUUUGAGAGAGCUAGGGGGCAGGUGGCUUGGCUUUCGUGGAGAGGCUCUGGCAAGCAUGGCAGAGAUGAGCAGCGCGUUCAAUGUGACGACGAGAGUGGAGGGUGAGCCGGUUGCUGUGAAGUUGAAGUAUAAUCGGGAUGGGGAGCUUGAAUCUGUCACGCAUGAUUCACACCCCGUUGGCGCGACUGUCAAGGUAACGGGGUUCUUCGACUACAUACCCGUGCGGAAACAGACGGUGGUUAAGAACGCAGCCAAGUGUCUGGCGAAGAUUCGACGACUUAUGCAGGCGUAUGCUCUUGCUAGACCGAGUAUUCGGUUUAGGCUUCGUGUGCUCAAGGCUAAGAAUAGUAAUAGCGACUUUAGCUACGCACCGAGGGCUCAUGCUGAUGUUGGAGAUGCUAUUCUGAAAAUAUUUGGGAGAGACUGCGCUGCCCAGUGCGACUUCACUACUGCGGAAGCUGAUGGCUUUGAGAUUCGUGCCUUUCUGCCUAAGCCAACUGCAGUCGGAUCGGAUAUUUCAGGUCGUAGCAGUUUUGUCGCAGUCGAUGCACGGCUGGUGUCGAGCAACCAUGGGACUAUCAAGCAGAUGGUUCAUGCUUGCAAACAGCGACUCUGGAAGGCGAAUCCCUCUCUCGGAGGCCCGUCCAAAGACGACGUUAUGUUUGAGGACAGCGACAUCGUUUUGGGGGUCUGGGAAAAGUUGCUGGGCUCCUUCUAUACUGAGGCAGUGACCAAUCUCGAUAAUGAUGAGCCGUCGUCAUCUUCCCAGCAGAGCUAUCAGCUUGAGCCAGGCAAUGCAGUUGAUCAAAAUCGGGACGAAACCACAUCUGAAUUACAUAACACGAGUGGUCAGAAUGAAGCAUCAGUCUCUGCGCCACAGCCAGGUUGGAGACACAGCAUGUAUGGCAUUGACGAAGAGGAUCUCGAGUUUUUGCAGGACGACCGUACUCCUGUCAUUGACGAAGAAGAGGGACGUCACACCGCAGAAGUAUCCAAUCCUUGGACGAUUGCUCGAAUGAAUGCUGCAAUCAAACCCAGGGGGGCCGCUAGCAAUAGACAGCUGCUGAGUCUAGCAAAAAGUACUAGAAAUGUUGAUUCAAGUUCUAGUGCUUCGAAGAUACCUGCAACGCCUAAUCGAGUGGUUUCAGUGGAGCCUUUGACGCCUCAGACAUCUUCGAAGGCGAACACGGUGCAAUCACUGCUUGAUGAUGAACUUGAGCGUAGCAUACAACGCCUGCCUCCGCCGUCAUCGGUAGUAGGAAGUAUCAGUGAUUGGGUUAUGGAUCGCCGGGGAGGCCAAUCAAUCGAUAGUACAGGUACAUAUUUUUCAGGAAGAGAGGUACCAGGCUUUGACCUACGGUCUGAGACCCAGGCACCAGAAGCAUGGACGUCGCAACUGAGUCAACACCGCAAUAUCGCCGCCGGCCCGCAUCCGCCAAAAAAGACUGCUCGUCGUAAGGAGCCCAAGGACGCUACAGCACCGCUUUUCUCGACCGACAGUUUGCAAAGACACCCAGCAGGAGAACCAGGACAAGAAGAAUCAGCCCGGCAGAUUGUAGAGUGGGUGUGCAGGAUAGAUAGCAAGUUGUAUGGUAUGUAUGAAAGAGUGAGUGACGCGGAUGAGAUAAGUAUAGUCAUCGAAGGGGGGGUGAAGAGGGCGUUGGAAGGGAUUGAAUGGGAAGGCGAAGAAGGGGGGGAGGAGGAAGAGAUGUUGAUGGAGCUGUAAGCGGCAUCUUUUCCACAAUCAGGAAGGACC